AUGGCAAGUACCUGCGCUACUCGCGCCAGGGCAAGGAGGAGGGAGCUGUCACCGACGGGUUGUCUCCAGCUAGACGGCGAGGACGUCACUAGCCCUCACACAAGGUUCUUCCUGGAGCCUUCCAAGGAGCACCACGGCCAGCGGCUCCUGCACGUCAGAUGCUGCUACGACAACAAGUACUUGGCGGCGGUGCAGGGACCCCAUAGCGGCGGCGGCGCCUGGAUCAUCGGAGCCACCGACGAGGCGGAGGAGGACCUGUCCAAAGCGACGUGCACGCUAUUCAAGACGACAGCCAGCGACCGGCGUCCCGGCUACGUCAGGUUUGUCCACGCUCAUCUGGGGAUGUACGCGUGCAUGUCCAAGCUAGCAGACCCUCCGUCUCUCUCCUUGCAGGAAGGAGACGGACUAGACGCGGCCGGUGGCGAUGGCGGCGAUAUCAUCAUCUAUGAUCUAUCUCGGAGCCUGGUCUUACCUAGAUACCUUGCUUUCAAGGGCGACAACGGCAUGUACCUCCGCCCGCGGAUCAUCGGGCGCCAAAAGUACCUACAGUUCUCAGCAGCAGGUGCCGUCGACCAAUCUUUGGUCAACACCGUCCACGGCAACCAGGACGGGACGUUCCGUGUAUGGUCGAACCACUUCGGCAAGUUCUGGCGGCGCAGCCCCAACUGGAUCUUCUGCGACUCGGACGGCGCCGCCGCCGCCGGGGACGUCGACACGCUCUUCAGGGCAACCAGAUUCGGCAGCUCAGUCGCGCUUCAGAACGUCGGCAACAACUGGUACUGCAAGAGGUUGACCACGGAAGGCAAGAACAACUGCCUAAACGCGGGCGCUCCGACUAUCACGGCAGACGCAAGGCUACGGCUGGAAGAAGCCAUUGUCUCUCGCGAGAUUUACGAUGUCGUCUUCGACCUCUCAGGACCCAGAGUCUACGGGAAGACCACUGUCGUCGGCAUGGCGACCGCCUCUGCUCUCAACGACGACACCGCCUCCAGCAGCACGGCUGAGCUCAAGCUGGAGACAACGUAUCCUAAUCCUACUCUACGGAACAACGACGCACACGACGCCUUGCCAGCGUCGGAGUGA